CAUGCUUUUACUAAAUACUGUAAAGAUAGAUGUGUUUUACCUAAAUUAAAUAAUCAACAACAAAUUAUAUUAUAUGGUCCUAUAAAUAAUGUCUAUGAAGUUGAUCAAAAAUAUCAAUUAAUAAAUGCGUUAAUUCAAGAAAAAACAAAUUUAUUAUCAGUGUUUUCAAAAAAUAUAUCAUUCAAUAAUUUCAAUAUAAUGUUAAGUUAUUCUCCAGAUGAUACAAUCAUAUCACAUCAUUUAGUUAAUCGUCUUAUUGAUGAAGAUUUUUCUGUAUCAAUAAAUUUAAAUCAAUCAACAAAAUUCAAUCGAACAUUACAAGAAAUAAAUAAAUCUAAUUGUAUUAUUCUUUGUUUAAGCAAAAAUUAUUUUGAAGAUGAAUUAUGUGAAAAAGAAGCAAAAUAUGCUCAUGAAAUAGGAAAAUCUCUAAUUCCAGUAAAAGUUCAAAACUAA